AAAGCUGUUAAAUAAAUGCUAUGUUGUUUAUUUCUUUGCCUUUCUUUAUUUUCUUAUUUUCUACCUCUACUCUUUCUUCCCCUUUCUCAGGCCAAACAAUUGGAGACGAGGGAGAAGGAACUGGCCAGCAUCUCCAGCUUCUAUAAAGAGCAACUAGAAAUACUGGAGAAGAAGAAUCUUGACAACUACAAGCAGACGGCUGACCAGUACAACCAGGCAGCUACUAAAGCUGAGGCUCACAUCCGACCCCGACAGACUGUGUCUCUGUGUACUGAGCUGCAGGCCAAGGUGCUCCAGUGCUACGGAGAAAAUCCACAGCAGACCUUGCUCUGCUCCAGCCUGGCCAAACAGUACAUGACCUGUGUCCAGCAAGCCAAGAGCUCACUGAAGAAUCACGGCUGAGAAACCCAAAGAAAGCAGGAAGAGAAGAAGUGAAGAAGGAGAGAGCAUGUCAAAUCUGUCCAUUUCUCGCCUCCUUCUGUCCUUCUCCUAUUCAUCCAUCCAUUUAUUUAUCCUCCAUCACUAAAUAACCCCCUCCUCUUUCCCACUCACCGUCCUUCUUGGUUUUUGAGUGUAUUAUCUUUAUAUGCCACUCCAGAGUGUAUGAUGUGUUGAUUUAUUGUCAAGUUGCGCCGGCACACCCCUGCCGUCGCUGAAAUAAAUCCCAGUGAUCUGGUGGUGAUGAGACUGCA